CAUUCGCAAAUUCACACAAGGAUAGAUUUGACGUCCCUUCUAUCAUGGAAGAAUUCAGUUUCAAAAAUGAAUUAGUUCUCAAAUAUUUUAAUGAGUUCAGUUCUCGAAUAGUUUCUGAAACUGGGAUUCCUAGUGAUAAGUACCAUUUUGGAAAAAUUGUGUUGCAGAGCUUGAAGGAUGAUCCUGAUUUUGUUAUGCAGAUAGACGGAGCCACAGGAGAAUCAGAAACAAACGGCUCGGUUUUAAGAAAAAGCAUAAGAUGCGCGACUGCCUUCAAAAAGUUGGGCUUGAAGAUUGGUGACGUCAUGGCUCUAAUGGCCCCGUCUCACCUGGAUCUGGCAGUUCCGUUCUACGCCGCUAUGUUCCUUGGUAUCACUACUGCGCCUAUUGACAGGACUCUUGCAGUUAAUGACUUGAAAGACACCUUUAACACCAACAGGCCCAAAAUCAUAUUUUGUCAAAGCCAAAAAGUGGAAGACGUCCAAAAAGCUACUGCUCUCUUGGGACUAGAUCCUAUGAUAGUCACUUUUGACAAACAUCCUGAAACUGUCACCCUUUCUGAAAUUAUGGAGAAACAUGGAGAAGAUGUGCCCUUCGAGGAUUUUAGAGCUGAAGACUUUGAUCCAGAGGAGACAAUAGCAUACCUGGUACCGACGAGUGGGACCACUGGGAAGCCCAAAGCCGCUAUUAUCACGCAUAAGAACCUGGCGAGCAGCGGAAUUUACUUAUGUGGUUUCGCCAAAAAAAUCCCCCCGACUCGCGCCAAGCUCCUGGUGGCUCCCCUGCAGUGGCUGUCAUCCCUCCUCAGCUACGUCAUGUCACCGUACUACAAGUACACCAGGAUACAGACCUCCAUUGAGAUGACGGCUGACCACACUCUAGAGCUCAUUCAAAAGUAUCAGCCAACCUUCAUGAUCAUCAGUCCCACUAAGCUGACAACGUUAGUAAAGACAGCUAAAAGGGAGAACGUAGACCUCUCCAGCUUCGAAGUCAUAUACAUCGGAGGCAGUGCUGUUCCCAUUAAACUUAUUGAAGAAUUGAGGAGUAUGGUAUCGCCAAAUGCAACAAUACUAGACAGGCAUGGCUUGAGUGAGAUCGGUUCUACGACGUUUGAGAGCGCUAGUUCACCUGAAGGAUCUUGUGGGACACCGUAUGCUCAUUUGCAGUAUAAAUUAGUUGAUCUGGAUUCUGGUGAGGAAAUAACAGAACCUUACAAGAAUGGAGAACUGUGGCUUAAAGCACCUGGUGAUAUUAAGGGUUAUUACAACAAUCCCGAAGCUAACGCAGAGGUGCUGACAGAAGACAAGUGGUUCAAAACCGGUGACAUGAUGUACCGGGAUGACAGGUGGAACUUCUUCUUUGUGGAGCGCAUCAAACUGCUCCUCAAGUAUAGGGGUCGUAAGGUAUCACCAGUGGAACUGGAAGGUGUGAUCCUGCAGCACCCCGGCGUGCGCGAUGUGGCAGUAACCAGUAUAUUUGACGAGGAGUGUGGAGACCUGCCCGUGGCGUGCGUCGUGCUGCGCCCAGGAGUUGAAGUCACGGCACAGGAGAUAAAGGAUUUGGUUAAAGAAAAAUUGACAGAAGUCAAGCAGCUUGAGGGCGGAGUGAUCUUCAUGAGCGAACUACCUCUCACCUCCUCUAUGAAGUUACACAGGAGGAAGCUGAAAGAAAUCGCUAUUGCCCGACUGAAAGGACAAGUUGCUGCUUAAGGGGAAUCCUUAUUUAUACUUCUUAUAGUAACAUAAUAAAGAGGAAACCUUU